AUGUCGAAUGCAUUGAACUCUUGUGGCCUACGGUCGGUAGUGGAGGAGUUGGAGCUGGAGAGGAACCAGCUGCAGGAACAGAUCCUAGGACUGGAGGACCGCUGUCAGGACCUUGAGGACCGGCUGCAGCUGCAGGCUCGCAUCGAGUCCCUACAGAACGAGUCCGAGAGACUACAGGGUCAACUGGCCAGCCUUCGGAGCCAGCAGAGCAGGGAUGCAGAGAAACACCAUCUCCUGGUCACCAGCCUCAACGAGCAGCUCAUAGGACUGAGCGACACCCAAGAGUGUCUCGAAACCUCUCUUAUAGAGAAGGAGAACACAUUAGUCAAGACCUCUGAGAAACUGGAGCUCAUCGACAGCCUCCGAGAUUCUUUAAUGGAAAAGGAGGCGCAGCACAAAGAGGUCGCCGACAAGCUGCUUCAAUCUGAGAACAAUCUCACUGAAGUCUCCACAAAAUGCAGUACCUUUGAAAAACAGUGUUCAGAACUGAAGACAGCGGUUGCAGAUCUCACACAUAAGCUGAGUGUGCUUAAAGAGAAGACACAGAAACAAGAGGCCACAAUAAAGACUCUUCAAAACGACCUGGAUCAAACAAACGAUGAACUGGACAAGUUGAACACCACCCAUCUGGAAGAAAGGUCUCAGCUAAUCCACAACCUUCAAAGCUGUGAACGGGAGAUUGAUAACCUCAGAGACGUCCUCUCAGACAAGGACAAGGAGAUCUUUGCCCUCUUGGGCAACAUGGCGGAGUACGCAGAGCAGAUCAUGGUGCUGAAGCAGGAGAUCAAGCACAAGGAGGAGGACCUGGUUCGCAUCGAGACCGCCCUCACCAAAUCGGAGCGGGAGGUACAGAUCAUCAGAGACUCUCAGAACUCGGACCAGCAGGCUCUGAACACCAGGACGGCAGAGCUGGUGGAACAGCUGAAGGAUGCAGAGACUGAGCUGAGCAAGGCCAAAGAGGAGAAGGAGUCGAGGACAGUAGAGGUGGAGGAGCUGAGGAAGCAAGUGGAAGAGGACAAGCGGACCAUCCUGGAACUUCGAGGGGAGAUCCAGCAGCACAACGUGGGCCAUCGUAAUCAUCUCUUGGAGUGCGAAACUCAGAUCUCUUCACUGAAGGAGCAUGUGACUGUUUCUUCCCAGAAACUACAGGAGUCCGAGGGUCUCAUCUCUCAGUUGAAGGAAGCAAGUACAUCCAGCAAGACACUGAAAGACCAGCUCCAGGACAAGGAGCAGACGUAUGAGAAAGAACUCAAAUCGGUCAAGGAGGAACGGAACAAGCUUUGCGCAGAGGUGUCUAAACACAAGGAUGACCUUAAGACCCUGUCCAACCAGCUAGAGAAGCAGACAGAGUGUCAGGUACAGUUGAAAAAAGAGGUGCAAGAAAAACUGGAGACAAUAUCCUCUCUUGAGGAAAAACUCAGGGCCAUCCAGGAAGAGGCCGAAGUAGAGCAACAGAAAUGUAACACAGAACUGCAAGUCAGAGAUUCUGAAAAGGAGAAGUUGGCGAAAGACCUGCAGGUUAAAUUGGAAAAUAUCUCAAAUAUGAAGAAGCUCUUGAACAACAUGAAGACUGAAAAACAACAACUGCAAGCUGACCUGAAGAGGAAGGCAGAUGAACUUAAGUCGCAAAAGCAGCUUGUAGACGAGCUUAAUACAAAAUCUACCGCAGCUCUUGAACUUAACAGCAGUUUGAACUCUCAAGCAAAUGGCCUCAGAGAGGAGAAUCAGAGAUUGCAACAGGAUGUAGCUGGAAAGCAGAAAUCCAUUUCAGAGAUGACAGAUGAAAGGGAUUCUCUGAGAAGCAAAGUCUCUGACUUCGAAACACAGCAUUCAGAAAACAGCAAAGUCAUUGAAGGGCUUCUGAAAGACAAGGAGGAGCUGAGUGUUAGAGCCAAUGAACUGAACAAGGUCCUGGAGCAAAAUAAACAGUCAAUUUCCAAGAGUCUAUUUGAGAAAACAAAUGAAUGUAGUCUUCUAACUAAAACACUCAGGGAAAAGGAGGAGACAGUUGCACGUUUACAGGUGCAAAUUGACAGUUUGAACACUCAGGUGGAGCAGUUCCAUCACAACAUUGCUGAAAAAGAGAAGUCUGUCACUGAUCAAAACUCACAAGUAGAGGCACAGCAGAGCCAGCUGUCGCAACUCCAGGAAACAAUGUAUUUACUGCAGGAGCAGGAGACUGCCUUGAAAACUGGGCUCACGGAGAAAGACACCGUAUUGCAGCACAAAUCAGAUGAGUGUAGCUCUUUACAGAAUAAACUUGGGCAACAGAAAAAGCUUCUAUCCAAGCUACAGGGUGAGACUAAAUCACUUAAAGGACAAUGCUCACAACUGACCCAGCGUCUGGAAGAAAAAGAAGAGACCUUCAGACAAAUGACACAGGACUGUGAAAACCACAAAGACGAGCUUAACCAGAGGAACGAGUCAUUGAAGUCACUAAGCAGUCAGCUUGGUGUCAUGAACGAGAGCAGUGCGAAGUUGGAGUCUGAAAACACAGAGCUGAAGACCACUCUGGAGAACCACGCAGCAGAAAACAACAAGCUGAGACAUGAGAUGGAACAGAGGCAAGCUGAGGUGGUUGGCCUCCACAGUCACAUCCAGGCACUGAGUGAGCAAAACCAACAACUCCGAGCUGCUUAUGAGAUCAGAGAUAAGGAACUUGCCCAGCAAAUGCAGGUUGCAUCUGAGCUUGAUAGAAGGGUAAAUGUGACUCUUGAGCAGAACACAAACCUGUGCUCACAACUGAACAGUCUGACAGAGGAGAAGCAGAUACUGCAACAGGAAUUAGCUGUACAGUUGGAGUCCAUUUCUGAAUUAAGCAAGGAGAAGAACUUACUUCAAGAUAAACUUUCCAAUUUUGCAAUGCAACAUUCAGAAAACUGCAAUAUUAUUGAAGGGCUACUGAAAAACAAAAAUGAGCUCAGUGUCGCAGUAGAGGAACUCAACAAAGUCCUAGAGCAAAACAAACAGACCGUUUCAGAGAGUUUGCUGGACAAAACAAAUACAUGUACUAAUCUCACCAAAUUGCUUAGAGGGAGUGAAGAGGCACUUGCACAUUCACAAGACCAAGUUGACAGCUUAAACACACAACUUGAUCAACUGAACAACAACAUGACCGAAAAAGAGAAGACUAUCAGAAAUCAAAACUCACAAUUAGAGGCCCAGCAGAGAGAGUUGUCGCAACUCCAGGAGACAUUGGCUCUAUUACAGGAGCAGGGGACCGCACUGAAAUCUGGGCUCACAGAGAAAGACACCAUGUUGCAGCAGAAAGCAGAGGAUUGGAGCUCUUUACAGAAUAAACUUAAUCAACUGCAGGGAGAGACUAAAUCACUCGAAGGGCAAUGCUCACAACUGACUCAGCGUCUGGAAGAAAAAGAAGAGACCUUCAGACAAAUGACACAGGACUGUGAAAACCACAAAGACGAGCUGAACAAGAGGAACGAGUCAUUGAAGUCACUAAGCAGUCAGCUUGGUGUCAUAAACGAGAGCAGUGCGAAGUUGGAGUCUGAAAACACAGAGCUGAAGACCACUCUGGAGAACCACGCAGCAGAAAACAACAAGCUGAGACAUGAGAUGGAACAGAGGCAAGCUGAGAUAUUAGAUCUUAAGGACAACAUCCAAGCAUUGAAUGAACAGAAUGUCAGACUAAAAACCGAACUGAAAAACUCUGUCACAGAGGCAUCCAAGAAACUUGAAGAGAUUUCAGUUCUCAAGGCAGAGUUCUCUAACAGGGACAGUUAUGUGUCUAAUUUAACAAAGCAACUGACAGCAGCCUGCUCGGACAGGGAUAGCUUAGGUUUGAAUUUACAGCAGAGAGGUGAGUCCCUAAAACAGCAGGAGAUGUUUAUUAAGCAGUUACAAGCUAAGUCAGUAGAGGGUGAGGGUCAGAUGAGCCAGGCCAUCACUGAGCUGCAGACACAAGCUCAGAGUCUUCAGAAAAGCCUUCAAGACAGAGAUGCUUCGCUGCAUGAGGCGGAGAAACGGCUGAGUCUGCUCAGAGAGAAGUUCACCUUAGAAUCGGAGGAUUUCAAAACCCAGCUGAAUUCAAGUGCGGAAACAAUGAAACAGCUUCAGGGUGAUCUGCGUAAUGCGGUGGAACAGAGUAACCAGCUCAGUGGGAGGCUUGAAGAACAAGAGGCACAGCUUAAGCAGAAAGUUGAUGAUUAUGUGAGUUUAAGGACAUAUGUUUCAGAGCUGGAGGAUUCCACCACACAGCUCAGAGGUCAAGUUGACAGUCUGACCUCUGAGUCAUCCCUGUUAGAAGAGACCCUGAAAGAGAAAGUCAAGUUCAUCCUUGAGGCCCAAAGCACCUCCUCAGCUGUUAGCGAAAGCCUAAAUUCAAAACUCAAAACCAAAGAUACAGAAUGUGAGCGCUUAAAAGAGCAGCUUUCGCACCUCCAAGAGUCCGUUUUAAAGCUCAAUACCAAAGAUGCAGAAUGUGAGAGCUUAAAAGAGCAGCUUUCACACCUCCAAGAGUCUGUUUCAAAGCUCAAUAGUAGCCUCAGUGCCCAGUCCUCUGAAGUGGCACGACUUCAACAAGCCUUAGAGGAAAGAGGGACUGUCGUUAUGGACCAGUCAAAGUCCCUUCAGGAGCUGCAGAGAAGGGCAGAUGAAGCAGCCCUCUUCAAAACCCAGUUCAUGGAGAGCACAGAGUUGGUGUCACAACUGCAGGGUCAGAUUCAGGAACUCUCCACUAAGUCUGCAAGCCUCAGCCAGUCAGCAGAGCAGAACCAAAGUGCCUUUGUAAAUGUUCAGGAGAAGUAUGCUGCUCAUUUAGAGGAGCUCCGGGAAGCUCGGACGAUGCUUUCUCAAAGGGCCGAAGAGAUGUCCAGUCUUAAUAAGGCCCUCAGUGACAGCAACGGCGCAGUUCAGGCAGCAGAAAGCACCAUAGAGGUGCUGAGGAAUGAGUCUUCCUUGCUACGUCAAGACCUUCGGCAAAUACAAACACUGAAUGUCGACCUUUCAAAACAAAAGGAAGACGCCCUUGCUACCCAUCAAAGGAGCACCUCAACAUUCACUGUCGAAAUUGAGAGACUAAAAUCUCAGUAUUUGCAUGUGGCUGCUCAGGUAAAUGCACUGACAGAAAAUCUUGAGCAGAGAGAGAUGUCUCUUCAUGCCAUUAACAGUCAGUACACAGCCCAGGUGAAACAGGCAGAGCACGUAAUGUCAGAAAUGCAGAAACUAGAAGAGCAAAAUAACAAGCUAAGAGAGGAGAUCGCUCUGUCAAAGCAAGAAAAUCAACAGCGGCUGGAUGCAGCAAUCAGUGAAAAAGAACGUCUGCAGCAAGAAGUUCAGAAACUCAUAAUUGAGAGAGACAAACAUGACAAGAGCUACAGCAGCCAGAUACAAACAAUGCAGGAGCAGCUGCAUCUCCAAAAGCAGCAGCAAUCCAGCAGCGUGAACGAAGUCAUGGAGAAAAUGGUGGCUGAGAAGGAAAGACUACAGGUUGAGAGCAUCAUCAUUGAUCAACUUAAUUCCAACAUCUCUGAGAAAGAGGAGGCUUUUGAACAGGAGAGAAGUGGUAUGAUGCUGAGGUUAGAGAAGCUUCAAGAGGAUAUGAAAAAGAGCGAGGAGAGUUUGAAGGAGAACAUGACAAGCUCCAGUGCUACAGCUGUUGACAUUGAAAACGAGUUGACGAAGGUGAAGCAAGAAAAGGCAAUGAUGCAGAAAAAGGCUCAAGCUGCUUUACUGGCACGAAAAGAGACUAUAAAGAAGUCUCAAGAAAGUGAGAAAAAGUACACCCAAGAGCUUUCAGUAUUAAAAGAUGAUUAUAAAGCACUCCUGGAACAACACUGUCAGCAGACCAAUGACCUUUAUGCUGUCCAGUUAAGUUACGACCAGAAGGUCAAGAAAUUCGAAGAAAUCAGUCAGGCCUCAGUCUCUCAGCUAGGUGAAUUGGAGACCCUAAGACUGCUUGUACAGGAACGGGAUAAAACUCUUCAAGACCUCAACAUGUCCCUAUCAGAGAGGGAGAGUCAAGUCCAUGCCUCCUCAUCAUAUCAAGCAGAGCUAGAAACCCUUCACUUCAAACUGGAAAGCAUGUCCUCUGAGUUGGCAAAUAAGGACAAGGUUCUCAUAGCACUGGAACAGAAGUCCAAAGCAUUAUCUGAGAGAAUGAGCUGCACAGAAAGUCAACUUGAAAAAGCCCAUGCAGAGAUAAAGGAGAAGAUGGAAGAGCUCGCAAGACAGCAACAAGCAAUGGAGAUGGCCGAGCAGCAGCACCAGCAGGAAAAACAAACUAUGGUAGAUGACCACCUGGUGCUGCAGAACCAGUUGGGCGCAUUACAAGCCACAGUGGAGGAGCUAAAACACACCUUAGAAGCACUUGUUGGUGAGAAAGAAUCCCAGUUGCACACAUUUAUAAGUGAAAACAAAGAACUAAUAGAGGACAGGGAUCGAAUGAAAGGAGAGCUGGAGAAUGCACUCACUACCAUCGCCCAGCAAUCGUCUCAACUUCAAAUCCUCCAAAACACUUGGGCUGAAACUCAACAGCAACUCGGUGAAGAAAAGGAACAGCUAAAAGUGGAGCUUGAAAAAGCACAGUCCCAUUCUGCAGAGUCCAAGGCUGAAAUGGAAAGUCAUAAGCUGCACAUGGAAUCACUACAGCAGGAAAAAGAAAGCGCCUUCAUGGUCAUAGAACAAUUAAACUGUGAAGUUACCAUGCUGGAUGCUCAGCUAAAGGAAGCUGGAAAAGUACAUGAGGAGCUUCUUCAAAAGAUACCUGGUUUGCAGGAUAAAUCCUCUGAACAGAUUGGGGUAAUUGGGAAGGAGGUCCAGUAUCUUAAGAUAUCCCCUGAAGAACAUGAGAUGAGUCUCAAGGAAAGAGAUGAUGCCCUGGUGAUUUCUCAGGCUCUGGCCACAGAAAAGGAAGAGCUUAUUGCUGCCUUGGAACAGCAACUGCAGCGGCAGAUUCACCUUCACGAAGUUGCCAUGGAAAAGAUGAGGACUGAAGUUGAUGAGCUUCAGCAGAGGUCUCAAGAAGAUGCCAGCAAAACAAAGGAUCAGGGCAACCAAAGCAAAACAGCACUUCUCACCAGAAAGCUUCAAGCAGCCUUAGUUUCCAGGAAAGAAAUCUUGAAAGAUAAUAGCUCUCUGAAGGAACAAAUACGUAUACUCUCAGCUAAAAAUGAAGAAAUUGGGGCAUCAUCCACUGUACUGGAAAUGUCUGUUGCCAAGUUGAAACAACAAAAAGAGGAUCUGGAGAGUUCUGUAUCAUCCCUGAGCAAGGAGAAAGAGAAGCUCAUUGCCGAGGUUGAUCGCAUCCUCAAUGAUAAUCACAAUUUAUCUGCAGCCUGUGAAAGCCUCAAACUCACUAUAGAAAAUAUCACCCAACAGAAACAGGCAUUUUCGUGUCAGCUUGAGUCCCUGAAUGACUCGCAGACGGAUGAGUUGUCGGAGUGGAAAUCUAAGCACACAGAGCUGAAACAGGAGUAUGAGUCACUUUUACAAGCGUACGAGAAUGUCAGUAGCGAAAUGGACAAGAUGAGACAACUAUUGGAGGGGGCAAGAAGAGAGAGACAAGAAGCGCUCUUUAAAGCACACAAAUCUGAAUCUGAGAGGGAGAAUCUUGAGAAGCAAGUUGGGGAGAUGGAGGAUGAAAAUGAGAAAAUUAAAGAGAAGAUGAGAAAGUUUACUAAGGCAAAGCAGCAGAAAAUGGAAGAGCUGGAGGAGGAGAAUAAAAAAAUCAGAAUAGACUUGCUAGAGUUUGACGAUAAGCAGAAAGCCACAGUUGAAGAGUUGACUAUUAAAAACAACCACUUGGAAGCAGAGAUCCACAGCCUUGUAGAGACCUCAGAAGUGCUCAGAAGGAAGCUAACAGAGAUUCAGCUCAACAAUGGCAGUCUGGCAGAGGCACUCAAAGAAGCAACCUGUUCAUUAGAAAAGUUGCCCACCGAAUCAAAAGCAUGUGAGCAAAACAUGCAGCUUAAACUAGAUGAUGCACUCAUUUUGAAUAAUUCACUGACUGCCCAGAUUGAGUCACAGAAGACAGAACUUGUUUCCCAACAGGAAAUCAAUAAAGUAAUGCAAAAGGAGAAAGAAACUCUCUCUGAAAGAAUUAAACAAAUGCAGAAUAAGCAUGAAAAGGAAUUGGGAGAAGAAGACGAUGCAAUCUCAGAGCUCCAAGAAAUGAUCAACAGACACAGCCAAGAGACCAUCAGCCUAAAUGAGAAGGUCAGGAUCUUGAAGGACGACAAGUCUAUAUUACAAGAGGAGCUUGAAAAUGUCCAAGAGAUCUCGGACAAAGUAAAACAUGAGAAUGAAUAUUUGGAGAUAGUGAUCGUCAAAAACGCUGAAAGAAUUGAUGAACUGACAGAGACAGUCAAUGUUCUCCAAGCCCAGAACACACAGCUCUCCUCUCAAUUGACUGAGAGCAAAGAGAAGGCGACUCAGGUUUGCCAGGAGAAGGAGGAACAGCAGCUGAAGUUAGUUAAGGAGUUUGAGGAGAAACUCAAAAUGUUCCAGAGAGGCAAUGAGGGCUCCAGAAAUAUAAAGAAGGAGCUACAGGAACUGCUGAAAGAAAAGCAUCAUGAAAUCAAUCAUUUGCAACAUGACUCCAUCAAAUACCAGGAGCUGAUUUUAGACCUAGAAAGGUCUCUGAAGGCUUCAGAGUCAGCGCAUGAACAGGUGGAGAAGGAGCUGAAGGAAAUGACAGAGAGGAUAUCUUGUCUAGAAGAAGGGAGGAGGCAUCUUGAAGCUGAGCUUACCACACACAAGAACCUUCUCAAUGAGGCAAAGAAAGAUUUGACAAACAUUAGCUCUGAAAAAGACCAAUUGGUUGAGGUAGUAUCAGAAAAGAACAACCAAUCAGAAUGUCAGGUCAUGGAGAGAACUAAAGCACUACAGCAUGUAGCUGAGCAGCAAAAGAGUAUUUUCAUGGAGAGGGAGGUAAUUUUACAGCAACAUAUAGAGGAACUCAUUGGUACCAAGGAGAAGGAGAGACAGGUAGUUUUAGAAUUGAAGAGGAAAAUAGAUUCUCAAGAUUUACAGAUGAAUACUCUGAAGAGAGAGGCUGACACUAAUUUGGCUAAGUUAGCAGCCCUGUCCUCUAGUCCUCAGGGUACCAAUGCUGUGAAACAGUGGAAUGAUAUGUUCCUAAAUACCUUGCAUGAGAAGGACAGCCAGCUUCUAGAACAGGGCUUUGUCAUAACGAGAUUCCUUGAAGACAUUCGAGUGAAAGAGAAGGAGAUGACUGAACUGCAGGUAACCAAGUCGAGGCUGGAAAGGACACUUGGUGAUUACACAGUAGCUGCCACAGCUCAGCAGAGGCAGUUGUUUAUAAUGGGUGCCAGCAAUAGAGAGCUUAACGAAACCGUGGAGCUCCUGAAUCAACAGUUGCAGGAACUGAGUGAGCAGGUUGAGAGAUUAGAACAGGAUAGGAGUGUACUCAACAGACAUCUCACUGGCAGUGUAGAUUCCACAUCUAAAAUGGAGUUUGAUCUCCAGCAGCUGGAAAAUACACUUUUAGACACAGAGUCCCAGCUACUCCUCUCGCAGUCUCACAGUGACAUGCUUCAGGUUGAUUUUGAGAAACAGGAGGCCAUUUCACUGCACCUGAAGUCACUCCUGCAGAACAAAGAUGCAGAAAUCUCCUCUCUGCUGUCCUCCAGAGAUGGACAGAUGUCUGGGUAUCUAGAACAGCUGCAAGCCAAUCACCGUGCCCAGGUUAAAGGCUACGAGGACAGACUAACCGCCUUGUACUAUGAAAGGGAGAAAGCUGACAAGGAGUUCAGAAGGCUGGAGAACAAAGUAAAAUCCCUUCAAAUGAAAGUUGACAAGUCCAUUCAGGAAAAGGAAAAAAUGGCUGCUCAGAUGGAAACAUUCAGGAACUCCAUGGUCUCCUUGCAGACAGAGAGAGAGCGUUUGAUGUCAGAAUAUAGGAUGUCUGAGGCAAGGAAUCAGACUGUAAUGCAAGGCAAGGAGGGGUCGGCUGAAGGAGACCUCAGUGCAACCAAGGGCCUUAAACACGAGAUUAGGACUCUCCUUCAUCAGAUGGAUGAUCUGAACUCGGAGAAUGCCAUGCUCAGGGCACAGCUGAUCAGAUAUAGAGAAGACUUGAAUCGGGUCCUGUCCUUGAAGGACAGCCAGUUGAAAGAGUUGCUCAGGAAGCAGCAAGAUGCCAUCAAAAACCUGGAAAACCAAAAAGCCACAGCUGAAAAGCAGAACCGGAAGACCCUUCUGGAACUCGAGAGGGAAGGAGAGGCAAGCGAUGCCUUUAAAGCUGAGAAUUCCAAACUUCAAACACAGGUCACUGAUCUGGAAGCUAACAUAUUGGCCCUGAAUAAGGGACUGCAAGAAACGAAUAAAGGCAAAGUGAUUGCCGACUUGCAGCAUGCCGUGGCAGCCAAAGCUGCGGAAUGUAACGACCUCCAGCAAAAACUGUUUGCUCAGAAAGUGGCAGCGGAUGACUGGAAAGGCAGCCUGCAGCUCCUGGAGCGCGAGACUGAGAAGAAAUUGGGAGAGGCAGAGGACAAGUACAACAGCGAGCUCGAUGCCUUUGAACAAGAAGUCGAACUGAUGAGAAACGAGAAGGAGACCGCUGACCAGAGGCUUGCUGAGCUGGCCAGGGACCUGAUGCACACUGAGCAGCUGCUGUCCAAUGCUAGAGUCCAAAGCACGGACCUGAAGUCUCAGAACGAGUCUCUGGGUAAAGCCAUGGCCGCCUUGCAGAACGACCGCGACCAGCUCAUCGAGGACUUCAAGAUCCUCCAGAACCGAUACGACGAGGAGCUCCGAGAGACCCAGGGGGCCAUGACCAAGGUGGAGAGAUGUCUAGGCGACACGACCUCGGAGCUGGCCACCUUGGCCAAAGAGAGACAUAUACUGGUACAGAAACUCUCUGCUCUAGAGAGCAAAGAUGCUCCCUCCCAGCUCACUUCACUGGUAGACGAGCUGUCUGUGGCCUUGUCAGAGAAGGAAGGGCAGCUCCAACGGGUUUCCCUGGAAAACAACACAUAUAGCAGUAAGGUAUUGGCUUUCUCUAGGUCCAUGGCCAGCCUCCAAGAUGACCGAGACCGGCUGAUGGAGGAGCUGGCUGGGGCAAAGAGGGCAUUCGAGUCCAGGCAAGGAUUAGGUCCAGAGGUAGUAGACAUCGCAAACACGGGGGAGUCAAAUAGCCAUAGAAGCAGUGGUAUUCAGGUCCUUCAGACUGGGAGAGAUGUGCUGGAGACGAGACAGAGGGUGGAUGAGCUGCAGAGCGCCUUGCAGCAGGCACAGGCCUUCAAACUGCAGACUGAAACAGAAGUCAGCGGGUACCAGGCAGAGCUGGCUGAACUGAGGUCUGAGAGUAGCAGGCUGCAGUCUGAGUGCCAGCGUCUGGCUGGGGAGAGGAAGGAGACCAUGGCCCUGGUGGGAAAGGAUGUGUCUGAUGACCCAUCACUGACCCAGCUCCAGGCAGAGAGAACUCAGCUGCAGAGUCACCUGCAGCGCUGCCUCUAUGAGAUCCAGCAGAGAGAUCUGCACUGCCAGCAGCUCAACGCCAAGCUGCAGCAGUUGGUGGAGGAGAAAGGGGGUGUGUCGGCCCAGCUGAGGGCAGUGUCUCAGACGCUGAGAGACACCCAGAACCGCUGCUAUUGGCUGGAGAACCAGGCCCUGCCUAACCAGCACCACCAGGGCCUUGCAAAGCAGGGGGCGGUGUCUGUAGAAGUGGCUCCGGGAGCUCCCCAGGAGAGGAGCAGUGCUGUGGUAGACAUGGAAGCACUGGAGGCCGGCGAGCUCAGGACCAGGCUGGUGGAGGUGGAGCAGAGCAUGGUUCAGCUAAGUGAGAGUCUGGCUGAAGAGAGGACCAGGAGGGAAGCAGCCGAGGAAGCUCUGGGACUGGCUGAGGACAGAGCCAAGAGUGUUGACUCCAGUCCAUCCAGGACGACCCAGAGAGACUUCAGCAUCCAGCUGGAUACAGAGGAAGAGUGGGAGGCCCUCAUCCUCAACCCCAACGAACCCCUGGUCACACGCAAGGUGAAAGGCGGGAUGCUGGCCUGCAGGCGCUGGAUUCGGGGGCGGAGCCUGUACUGCUCCAAGCUGCUGACGUCACGGGCCCGCUCGCGCUACCUCUUCCUUGGCUACCUGCUGAUUCUGCACGUGGCUGUCCUCAUGUGCCUCACCGGCGCCCUCUAGUGUCGUGGGGGUGAAAACAAUCACAAAUUGCAGAUAGAAAUGUAUAGAGCAGACUAUGAGGCCCGUUUCCUCCACGACAAAGACGAAUGUCUGUUCUACUCCAUUUCUAGGUAGUUCACAAUGUGUUUUUUCCCUGGAACGUUAUUCCACCUUUCAGAAUAAGCUGCAGGUUUUUGUCUAGUAUCCAGAGUUUUCAUAAGAGUGAGGGCUUUUGGGGUGUCUCGAAAGUCUUGUGGCUUCUUCGCCUCGACUCCUUCCCUUGGUUCUCACUGGUCUGAAAAGAAAAUGGACAGCUGAAAGUGGAUCCUUUGGUUAGAUCCUACCUUGUUGUUUUCACCCAUCAUUUUUUUGUCAGAUCAGUGCAGAUGGAGGCGAGGGGAAGAAGACUGUUAUUGACUUUUAAGACUCACCCUUUGGAAUGUCUCAGGAGAAAGUGCCGUUUCGAUCCUGUCUGUUAUGUGUUAAAGCCUGAGAGGGAACAGAAAGCCAUAUCCAUUCUACAUGAACGCUAGCCUAAGAUGUACGUGUGUGUGUGUGUGUGUGUGUGUUUGAAACACAUGUGUGUGCGCAGGUGUGUGUGUUCAUUUGCACGUGUACAAGAAAAAAACACUAGUCCACUGUAACCUCAUUUAGAUUUGACCUUGGAGAACAAAGACUGGUGUAAGUCUGAGAUGAUUCAUCAACAACAUGCUGAAAAUGCCCCACUCAGACUGAUGCUGGUGUCUGGCAAAACGCAGAUACGGUAUUUCAGGAGAGAAGGGUGGGAAAAGCUACCCAUACUACUAUUUCUGCAAAUAUGCCUAUGUUAUUGCACUGCUGCUCAACCCUUCUUCCCAAUACCAAACCCACUGUGUGCUCAACCUGGCACUACCAGGCCAUGGCACAAUGUUCCCUUUGGCACCCCCUGGUGUCUCCUGGGUAAUAACUGUCUCAUGGUGGCCUUGGCACAAUUAUAAGGUGUAUUCUAUAGCUGCUGCAUUCACAGCUAUGCACUAAAACUCUCAUCAGGGGGUGGAGGUUUCCCUUCUCUCCUUCAGCAAAGAUAUUCAACAUAAUGUAGGGCCAGGAGUUUUAUCUGACCACGUGUCCUGAUAAGGAAAUACUGAUCUGGUCCCUAGUAAUAGGAUCUAACUGGACCCUAGUAAUAGGAUCUAACUGGACCCUAGUAAUAGGAUCUAACUGGACCCUAGUAAUAGGAUCUAUCUGGACCCUAGUAAUAGGAUCUAACUGGACCCUAGUAAUAGGAUCUAACUGGACCCUAGUAAUAGGAUCUAUCUGGACCCUAGUAAUAGGAUCUAUCUGGACCCUGGUAAUAGGAUCUGUCUGGACCCUGGUAAUAGGAUCUGUCUGGACCCUGGUAAUAGGAUCUAACUGGACCCUGGUAAUAGGAUCUAACUGGACCCUAGUAAAAGGAUCUAACUGGACCCUAGUAAAAGGAUCUAACUGGACCCUAGUAAUAGGAUCUAACUGGACCCUAGUAAAAGGAUCUAACUGGACCCUAGUAAAAGGAUCUAACUGGACCCUAGUAAAAGGAUCUAACUGGACCCUAGUAAUAGGAUCUAACUGGACCCUGGUAAUAGGAUCUAUCUGGUCCCUAGUAAUAGGAUCUAACUGGACCCUAGUAAUAGGAUCUAUCUGGACCCUAGUAAAAGGAUCUAACUGGACCCUAGUAAAAGGAUCUAACUGGACCCUGGUAAUAGGAUCUAACUGGACCCUGGUAAUAGGAUCUAACUGGACCCUGGUAAUAGGAUCUAUCUGGACCCUAGUAAUAGGAUCUAACUGGACCCUAGUAAUACGAUCUAACUGGACCCUAGUAAUAGGAUCUAACUGGACCCUAAAGGUUUUACCUUGUCAGAUCACAUGGUCUGAAAAAUAUCCUCCUACCCCAUUUGUGAGCAUGUACCCUGGUAAGUGUGUAAGUAAGAUGUUGUAUUUAAGGCUGGAGUGUAAAAGGGUGCGAGUGUGCACCCUUGAAAGUCUACUUUGUGUAUUUAUGUAUCUAUUUGUUGCUCUGUGCCCCCCAAUGCUCUGUUGUUCACUGUACAUGUCUACUUCAUCUGUUGAUUGAUUACAUGCUGAGUGAGUCACAUGUUUGAUAACGCAGGGCGGCAAUUCACAAAGCAGGAGGCAAUAUGUCAGCCAUCUUACUUUGAGACACUAUUUGUAUUUCUCUGGUUCGUAUCUCACCUGUUUCAAGUUUAGCAUGGGAAGUCCUGAGAGAAUGUCAUACUAAUAACAAGUGUGUUUAUUACAUCUCUGCACUAGGAAAUAUGAAGCCUGAGUGACAGGCUGUUUGUGCCAUCAUGCAAACUCUUUGUCACUCAUUGUUAUACCAAACACGUUUGGCUUGACAAUGAACAAUGGAGUUGGCCAGAGCACAAACAGAUUUGGGACCAGGAUAGGAAAUCUGGUGUUUCAGAAUAUUUACGGUAGUUAGCCAGCUGAGCUAAAAACAUUGCUCCUGCUUUGUGGAAUACCACCAUAGAGAAUGAUGGAGGCCUUUAGUGGCCAAAAGGUUGUAUUAGCAUGGGCAGCGCCAUUGAGGGCUUCCACCAUUUUAAUGUAGUCAACUGGGUUGGACUUCCAACUUCAUUGGCUGAUCCCUCCUGGUAACCCUGUUGGAGUCAUGUCCAACCGGAUCAUUAGGAGGGAUCAGCUAAUCGUGAAGAAGAAGAUUGACUACUUCAAUGGCACUGCCCAAGCUGUCAGACGCUGUAAUGGCACAGAUACAAAGAUAAUGGAUACCACCCUGUUCUAACGUUGGUGUUAUGGUACCGUGGUCCUGAUGGUCUGUAUAUAUGGUGUGAUUGAGGAAAGGAUGACAAAAUACAUCUAUUUAUAAGAGGAAAUGCUACUGAGUGAAGCCGAAAUGUCAUAUUUUCUAAAUAGGGUCUAUUUUUUAGAAGUGAAAUCGUUUGGGACAGAAAUACUAUCCUAUCCAGGCAUUAAUGGCUUCAAUACCUUGAGAGGUUGACUUUCACAAAGAAAGGAAUUUUAAUAAAUCUGUUUGAAAAACACGA